UCUUACUAUCAUUGCCAUUUAAGCAGGUAGUUCAUGGAAGCACUUUAGUUCUUCCAAAUUCUCAUCUCUUUCUACAUGGAUUCAGCUCCUCUCUUGGAGUUUUCUGCAGGAGAAAGUGACGAGCAGGGAAGGAGGAAGGAGGGAUGGCUUUGGAAAUUGGUGGAUGUGGAUGAGAUGAAGCAUCAGCUGCUGUUCUCCUUCCCCAUGAUACUGACCAACAUGGCUUACUAUGCCAUCACUCUAGUUUCUGUCAUGUUCGCUGGUCACCUAGGCGACACAGAGCUCGCCGGCGCCACCUUGGGCAACUCCUGGUCCUCUGUCACUGGAAUUGCUCUCGUGACUGGCUUAAGUGGAGCACUCGAAACCUUCUGCGGUCAAGGAUUCGGGGCAAAACUUUACCGAAUGCUUGGAGUAUAUCUGCAAUCAUCCAUCGUUACAAUCUCAUUCUUUUCAAUCAUAAUAUCAGUUUUGUGGUAUUUUUCUGAAGAGGUGUUGAUAUGGCUUCAUCAAGAACCUAAUGUUGCAAAAAUGGCUGCUAUCUAUGUUAGAUAUCUCAUUCCAGGGAUAUUUGCCUAUGGAUUCAUCCAAUGCAUUCUGCGCUUCCUCCAAACUCAAUCAGUUGUGGUUCCAUUAGUGAUUUGUUCUGCAGUACCCUUAGCUGUUCAUGUUGGACUUACUCACUUGCUAGUCCAUGUUAUUGGCUUGGGAUUCAAAGGAGCAUCUUUAUCUGCUUCAAUUUCGCUGUGGAUAUCUUUUCUAAUGUUGGUGCUUUACAUUAAAUUUUCUGUGAAGUUCAAAGAGACUUGGCAAGGGCUUUCAAAGGAAUCAUUUCAUUAUAUUCUUCCUAGCAUGAAGUUGGCUGUACCUUCUGCAAUGAUGGUUUGCUUGGAAUAUUGGGCAUUUGAGAUUUUAGUCUUGUUAGCAGCACUUCUGCCAGAUUCUGAAAGCAGCACAUCUUUGAUAGCCAUGUGUGUGAACACAGAAGUAAUUGCAUUCAUGAUCACAUAUGGACUCAGUGCAGCUGUUAGCACAAGAGUUUCGAAUGAGAUGGGUGCUGGAAAUAUAGAGCAGGCUAAGAAGGCUGUAUCGGUGACCCUGAAGCUAGCUGUUUUACUGGCCUUGAUUUUUGUCUUGCUUCUUGCUUUUGGUCACAAUAUUUGGGCUUACGGUUUCAGCAGUAAUCCUGAAAUUGUAAGGAAAUUCGCUUACAUGACGCCAUUUCUUGCUGCUUCUAUAGUGCUUGAUUCUGCUCAGGGAAUUCUAUCAGGAGUUUCUAGAGGCUGUGGUUUGCAGCACAAAGCAGCUUGGACAAAUUUGGUGACCUUUUACAUUAUUGGAUUGCCGCUGGUUCUUCUCUUCGGAUUUAAAUUGGGAUUGUAUGAUAAGGGACUUUGGUUGGGUCUGAUUUGUGGUCUCUUCUGCCAAGCUUGCACUCUAUUGGUGAUCAUUAAUAGAAUUAAUUGGUCCAGAAUUGGGGUUCAAGUUGUGGAUAAAGAAGACCAGCAGCAUGUUUGACUUAUGAGUAUAAAAUUUUGUUGCAUUGGAGUUUUAUAAUUAUUUUCUUUGUGGUAUUAUAUUAUUAAUGGAAUGGAUCCUCUUUGUAUUGGAGUCUAAUAAUUGUUGAAUAAGGAGAACAAACACAGCCAGAGAUAGAAAGGAAUAAAAGUUAUUUUCAUUUCA